AUGAUUACACCACCACGAGAAUGUUUGGCAGGCACUGCGCCGGAUGCGCAGAAAAAUUAUGAGCACCUGAUUCCUCUUUUAUGGGCUGAAAUCAUGGAGAAGUGCAGGGCACCAGAGUUCAUUUCAUUCAAGAGUUGUAUGGAGGAAUGUUUUGCUCAUUAUUAUGCUCACGGGAAGAGGCCGACUAGGCCUCGCCAGCAGGUCUCCGAAGGGCAAGCCAGGAAUCACGGGGAAAAGAAUGAAGGGGAUUUGUAUGGGGUUCGGCAAUUCAAGGAAUAA